AUGCCUCAAAAAGAUACAGCGACAACGCUAAACAUUGCCCUGCAAAACCAGACCACUUCCAGCAACGUGAAUGCAUACAUCACAGGUCAGGCUAUUGACAACAAAAGUGCCCUAUUCCUCUUGCAGUCUGACGGCAAGACGGCCUACUAUCCUACCUCACCAUCGAGCACAAUUUCACCGCUCGGAGCAAACUGCGCCAUUCCUCUUGGUGCACCGGGAAACACAGUAACAGUUACCAUCCCGCACUUGGCUGGAGCUCGACUGUGGUUUGUGCGAGAUGAUACUCUGACCUUUUACUUGAAUCCCGGUCCAGCACUAGUUGAGCCUUCGUCGUCCAAUACAGCCGAUGUCAAUUACAACAAGUACUGGGACUUUUGCGAGUUUACGUACAACAGCUCGCAACUCUAUGUCAACAUCUCCUACGUGGAUUUUGUGUCUCUUCCAAUCUCGUUAACGCUCACCAAUACCUCCAACCAAACGCAACACGUCUCGGGCAUGGCCUCAAACGGCCUUGAUACUAUCUGCUCCGGUCUGAAUGCUCAGCAAUCCAAGGACAGCGCCGGCUGGAAUCAGCUCAUUGUUCAGAAGAACGGCGCAAACCUGCGUGCUAACAGUCCUAACACCGGUAUCUCGCUCAACAACUCCCUGUUCUCGGGUUACUACCAGUCAUAUGUGGAUCAAGUAUGGUCUCAGUACACAAACUCGACGUUGACGAUCAAUACGCAGAUCGCUGCUGGGAAUGUGACGGGACAAGUUUCGAAUGGCACGUUCAACUUUGGCAAUGGAGCGGCGACAUACACAAAGCCCGCGGCGACAGAUAUCUUCAGUUGCAGCAGCGGGCCAUUUGCGGCGACUGGCAACCAAGAAAAGGAUGAUAUCACGGCUCGAUUGACAGCUGCGUUUAACAGAUCGACACUUUUGAUAGAAAGUAACACGCCGGAGAGUGAUGAUCCAACAAAGUAUUAUCAAAAUGCUAUUACCAAUCACUACGCUCGGAUUGUGCACGCUGCCAAUCUCGAUGGUCGAGGAUAUAGUUUCCCAUACGAUGACGUUGCGCCGACCAACGGCGCUGAUCAGUCUGGGAGUAUUCAUGAUCCGAAUCCGCAGCUGCUGACUGUUGCUGUUGGAGGAGGAAAUGCGUCGACGUCGGCUGGAACCAACAAUCCGAGCACGGCUGCACCUCAGACUGGCAAAAUUAAUCAACAGUCUGGUAAUGGCAACAAGAAUGGCAAGAGUGGUGGAAACGGCAAGCAAAACGUGUUUCUUGGGCUGAUUCAACGUCUUCCUUGUUUUUGA